AUGCCGAAUAAGCAGCGUACUUUCGAGUUGGUGGAUGCGCCAAAAGUCCACCGACCAAUGACCAGUAAACAAGCAAAAAAAGCAUAUCAAAAAGCAAAUCGAACGCCACGAAUAUCGAAAGCCGAGCAAAAGCGACGGGAUGCCGAAGAAUUGGCAAAGCACAGGAAAGCAUAUGAAAAGGAACAAGCAGCUGCGAAAGCAAAAGCAGCAAGGGAUAAGAAAGCUGCAAAGGCAUUAGAGCAGAGGGAAGAGAGGAAGAGGUUGGGAAUACCGGAACCUAACAGACACGUGAGAGCCAGCCAGUCGAGGAUCUCUAUGUUUAUAAAACAGGGGAAUAAGAGAUCACGAGAGACAAAUAACACGAGGGAAGAGUCUGAAAGCACUAUAUGCGAGGAUUUGGAUGAUGAGCCGCCUGCGAAACGGCUUGCGGUGGACAAUCCCGAGGAUCAGAGCGAAGCCCUGUCGAAACCAAUUGCGCUUCGCGACUUGGAGUACCAAAUGGAGCCCCAGACGAAACGAUUUGCGAAUAAUAGUUUUGAUGAUGAAGAGAACAUUUCUGCAGGCCCAAUUGUACCAAACGAUUCCGAGGACGAGUUUGGGGACUUUCCGCCCUUGUCCGAUAAUGAUAUUUCAUUAUUGGACACUGGUUCAAUGAAAUCCACCCUGGUAAAUACGAUCUAUUGCAGGCCUAGAUCUGGAGGACCAAUACCACCAUUCCAAAAGCCCUCUACAUCUUUGGACGAUGGGCAGGAGCUACCACAAAUGAAAAAUGUUGAAAGGGAGCAAAUGACGCCCGAUGACCCAUUUCAAUUGGAAGAUAUGCUUGAUUCUCAAAUCCGUUCCGAAGCAGCAGAUGCAGCUUGUAGGUCGGACCGAAAAAAUGCCGAAUUACUUCUGAAAGAGCAGUUCCAUAGAGAUGAUACGAGACCUAUGACUCCUACUUCAAAUCACCCGGUGAAUGAUAUGUCGGUGGUGCGAGAGCUUUUGUGGCAUACAUCUAUCAAUGGAAGACACGAUUCAUCAGACCAAUCGUUCAAUGUCCAACCACCACUAGCUUUACCUGAGGCUUCAGCUGCGAAUGCAUCGCACCGCAAGCUGAAGAAUUCAUAUUCAAAUGUAUCGCUGGUCAGACGUCAAUUUGAUAAUCCUCCCAGCAAAAAUAUCAACGGAGCCCCAAAAACAGGGACAGGUUCGCCCUCAAACUUCAGCGCAUCAGCUAAGAGAUCACCUUUUGUGAAGAAGUCAAUGGACAUUGGAUCAGCUACGGUAUAUGAAGAUAAUGCGACACCCCCUCAUAGGGCAUCAUCUCGAAUGAUUGGAUUGAGUAAGCAAACCUUGCAAGAGGGAUCACUAUAUUCUCCUGCGCUCAAGUCUCAAAAUGUCGAAUCACAGUCCCACAAAUACCCAACACCAACAUCAUUGAAACAACAACGAUGCGCGCCCCGUGAAAUACCCAUUCAAUCUUCCAAGUCAGCCCCCGAUACACACCCCGUGCUCCAGGAAAGAUCAAUCAAUAUGGGGCCCCCAGCUCUUCCUCAAAAAAGAAAACUUGGCAUGUCCCUUGCUCCUCUGCCCGACAACAGGCAAACAGUCAGCAGCUCUAAUCUUCCACCAUCUUCCACACAAGCAUUUAUUGAAUCCCAUCUCGACGAGUUCUUUACCACUCCAACUCAAGAAGCUAGAGAAUUGUGCGAUGAUCCCAUUACACCUCGGCCUUCCAUGAUAUCAAAAAUAGAAUCCAGAUACCAAAGCCAUCAUCAAAAGCAAGAAGAUAUGAAAGAUUGUGUUUCUAAAGCCGCGGAUGAUGAAUUUGGAGAAAUGCUAUCCACUCAGGAACUCAGAAUGUUUUCGCAGGAUUGGGAAACUGCUAGUUCACCUCCCCGGCAAGGAAAUGAAAACAAGAUCGAGACCCCUAAACAGAUAUCAGCGGCACCUGAAGAUAUACAAAACUUGAUCUGUAGUCAGAAUUUAUUUUUAAUGAGUCAAGAACUCACCGGAAUGCAGUCUGUCUCGAAAGUCAAGUCACCCACAAUAAUCACCUCGCAGCUACCACAGGCUCAAAAGUCCACAUUGGAGCGAAAUCAGCAUUCAACAGCUAAGCCGCAAACUCAGCUUCCCGAGCCACCUUGUAUUAGCACCCCCCAGGUCGACGCCGAUGUGGACCUUACGCCAAAGCCCAGAAGAUCGCCUUGGUUCAAAGAAAAACCGGAGGAUAGAUAUCCCCAGAAGAGAUUUUUCACUGAGAAACCGGAGGAUUUGGAGGCUGCCGCCAUCGAGGAUAGUAAGGAAGCCUGGGAAGAAAUCAAAGAGGCUACUUCAUCUAACAGACACAACUUCGAUGAUGAUCUCGAACCUGAAGUAGAUGAGCUACUCAAGGCUGCGCUUGCGGAAAGUAAGGAAUGGGAUGAGGUGUACAAAGCAGUCGUUCCAACGCCUACGCCGAGAAAGAAUGGCGAGAAAGAGAGAGAAGGCAUGGAAAUGGAGGGGAAGGAACAUCAAACGCCAUCCCGAAUCGCGGAAACCCUGACAGGAGGCAGUGCAGUAAAGAAUGGUGCGAAGAAAUUUGAAAGAGCGCCUAGUGUUGCUAGUACCGAUUACGGGGAUGGAGAGGAUUCGGAUUGGGACGGUUUUAUGGCUGAGCUAUGA